AACUCGAUUCAUUGGUUUGUGUUGGAAUAAUUGUACUCUUUCUUGAGAAUGCACGGUUGCGCAAUCUCACAAUUCGAUAUCCUAGAGUAUAAAGGAGCUAGUUGCAAACCGUCUUAAACUACUCUUGAAUUCGGUUCAAGUAUGCUCAAACAUCUGGCUCUUGUUAUCCUCAUCGUCGUGGACCUUGCGCCCCUGGUUUGCGCGGGUCAAGUUCGCUAUGACUUGGUCAUAGGGAAUGCUAUUGCAUCUCCUGACGGUUUUGAGCGCAACUCCGUUUUGGCUGGGUUCACCUCAGAAACAUUGCAAUAUCCUGGGCCCCUUAUCACGGCGAAGAAAGGCGAUGUUAUCACGGUUAACGUCAAGAAUGAACUGACGAACCCAAACAUGCGUGCGAGUACGAGUAUUAACUGGAGUGGGCUUUUACAACUUGGCCAUCCUGAAUUUGAUGGUACCAGUUUCGUGACGCAGUGCCCAAUCGCACCUAACACGUCUUUCACGUAUACCAUCGACACCGGGAACCAAGCGGGAACGUUUUUAUAUCGCUCAGGCCUUGGAGUUCAAUACGUUGAUGGUUUGAGGGGCCCUUUAAUUAUAUAUGAUCCCAAAGAUCCUCAUCUUCAUUUAUAUGAUGUCGACGAUGACUCCACUAUCUUCCAGCUCGGAGAAUGGUACCAUGGAUUUUCUACCGACGAUUUCAACAUCUUUCAGGAAACAGAAAGCAUUCCGAUCUAUGACGCUGGACUCAUCAACGGAGUUGGUCGAAUGCAGGGUGGACCUGAUGUCCCAUUCGGAGUGUUUAAUGUUGUUUCUGGUACUCGUUACCGUCUCAGGCUGAUCAGCAAUGCUCCUCGCGCUGUUUUUGGAUUCUUCAUUGACCAACAUAACCUGACGGUCAUUGAAGAAGAUGGUAUCUCUACUGAGCUCGUCGAAGUUGAAGGCUUAGAGGUCUACCCCGGUCAGCGAUACUCGGUCGUAUUCGCCGCCGAUCAGCCCGUUGGAAACUACUGGCUUAGGUCUUUCCCCCGUGGUGGAACUCAAACGAAGAACCCCAACUUGAAUGCUACCCUUUCCAGAGGUAUCGUUCGUUAUGCCGGUGCUCCCAUCGAAGACCCGAUAACCCCCCAGGCAAAUGUCACUUUGUUGAAGGAAACACAGCUCCACCCUCUGAUCAAUCCUGGAAGCCCAGGGGGUCCUGACGCGGAGCCGGACGUUAAUAUUACGUUGAAUUUCACUACGGGUGCUACAGCGACAGAUCCACUAGACACAUGGCGUAUCAACGAUAUCUCCUACAAGGACCCGUCCGUCCCUACGCUGACCCAGAUCAUGAAUAACAACGACACUUUCCCCGAAGACAGUAACAUCAUAGCCCUUCCGCCGAACGCUCUAGUACAAAUGGUGAUGCCCUUGGGCGAAGAUGGUGGCGGACAUCCUAUGCACAUUCACGGGACCACAUUUGAUGUUAUUCAGCCCGGGGACUCCGGUGGAGUAAAGAACUUUAUCAAUCCAUCUAGGAGAGAUGUCAUCCCCGUUAUUGGAGAUACAACAAUUAUUAGGUUCCGGACGCCUGCUGUUGGUGUUUUGCAUGUACAUUGCCAUAUCAUCUGGCACGCGUUGGCUGGUCUCCAAAUGACGCUUAUCACUGAUCCCGACGUGAUCCGAGAGAGGGUUAGGCCAAGUCCUGAAUGGAAUGGCUUGUGCAGCAAGUACAAUAGUCUCGCAGCGGAACUACAGUGAUGCAUUAGCAACCUGCGUAGUCCGAGACUAACAAAUUUUUUGACAAGUUCUUAGUGUAUUAGCUGUGGAAUAUAUGAUAUCUUGCUUCUGAUGCGC